AUGAAUGCGUCAGAAACUGAUCGAUUACCGACCCUGCAUGAAGUGCUGAACCGUCAAACUACCACACCUGUUGAUCUGUGGUCGUUCUACACUUUCCUCUCACAGUACCCAUACGCUAUCAACUUUUUGGAUUUCUGGAUAGACACAAUGGCUCAUCUACGGCUGUGCAAGGACUACGUUCGCGGAAUCCGCGAAAGUGUGGCAGAGUGGGAAGAAGUGCAGGAAAAGUCCAAAACCUCAGAGGGAAGCAACAACAAUGAUACCAAUAAUAGAUCAGCUGAGACACCCGAAAAUAGGGAAUCGAUGUCCAGCUCGAUGCUGCUGGAAGCACUCAUGAAUGACGGGCUUCUCGACUUUGAAGACAGUAAAAGAGUUUCCCAGUUUCUACAGGGCCAAACUGACUCUCCCAGACUCACACGUCUGCUGGAAAACUGGCAGAAACAUACUGACCAAGAUUUGCAUGAGGACGCACCGUUCAGAAGCCCUCUCACUGGCCUUGUUGACGAUUUUCUAAAAACACAGGCCCACGAUACGCGUAAGGCUCAGAUAACUUCUAAGCAACUGCAAGGCAACGCCAAGACGAUUGUGGACACUUAUUUGAGAUCUCCGAUAAACAGUCCUCGUUAUCUGAUCAAUCUGCCCGAUCACAUGCGUCAGCAAGCUCUACACAUGGUGGUCACCGAACAGCGACACGUUCCGGACGUUUUCGAGCCGUUGAAGUCGCUUGCAUAUCAAUUUUUGGAAAUGGAGUGUUUCCCUCAAUUCCUGUCCUCUGUGGCAUUGCAUAACCUGCAUGAUGACCUCACCCAAGAGGCGAAAACAUCACGAUCUCACGAUGCAAACGGGUCACUAAGACGAACCACAAAUCCUUUUGCACAUUAUACGUCGCUUUCUCGCAUAGUUCUGGGCAUGGUGUUUCUAUGGCUGGGACUAUGGCUGGGCUACGUGCUUGUGUUCUUGAAUUACAAUCGUGGCAUUAGAGUAACUACGAUUGUUUUGUUUUUCCUGGGUUUCUACUUUAUAUGGACGGGGAUUUAUAAGGUGGAUAUUCUGUACGCCUUGUGUGGGGUGUCACAGUCGUUGGUGUCGAAUGAGCUGGUCUCGAACAAAGACCUCGAAAUAGGGCUCAAUCGCAACUCUGCAAACCACCGCAUGGGAUAUAGAGCUCCCAUUUUCCUACGUCUUUUUGGCGGUGCCAGCAGGCUGGUUAAAAUACGAAACCCGCUUGUUGAUAGUAUGAUCAAACGCCGAGCAUGGUGGUGUUUUUUCCUAAUCAUUGUCGGCACGGCGAUCUUUACCGUGAUUUUCAGCUGCGUGCCGGGUUAUAGACUGCAGUGA